CCCCGGGAGCCAGCAGCGGCGCCAGGCCGUGGCCAGGCCGCAGCUAGGAAGCCACCCCACCUGCGGGUCAGCCAUGGGCCCUCCAAGGCCCGCGCUGCUGCCGCUGCUGCUGCUGCCGCUGCUGCUGCUGCUCCUGGACGCCAGCGUCCGGGCCCAAGACGAAGUACUGGAAAAUGUGAGCCCGAGCUGUCCAAAAGAUGCAACACGAUUCAAACACCUCCGUAAGUACAUGUACAACUAUGAAGCUGAGAGUUCCAGUGGAGUCCCUGGGACUGCUGAUUCAAGAAGUGCCACCAAGAUCAACUGCAAGGUUGAGCUGGAGGUUCCCCAACUCUGUAGCUUCAUCCUGAGGACCAGCCAGUGUACCCUGAAAGAGGUAUACGGCUUCAACCCUGAAGGCAAACCCUUGCUGAAGAAAACGAAGAACUCUGAGGCGUUUGGAGCUGCUAUGUCCAGGUACGAGCUGAGGCUGGUCAUUCCUGAGGGGAAGCAAGUUGUCCUUUAUCCAGAGAAGGAUGAACCUAAACACAUCCUGAACAUCAAGAGAGGCAUCAUUUCUGCUCUCCUGGCUGCCCCAGAAACAGACGAGGCCCAACAAGUGUUGUUUAUGGACACUGUGUAUGGAAAUUGCUCCACUCACGUUACUGUGAAUGCAAGGAAAGGAAGUGUGGCAACAGAAAUAUCCACUGAGAGGAACCUCCAGCAGUGCGAUGGCUUCCAGCCUGUCAACACGGGCGUCAGCCCCCUUGCCCUCAUCAAAGGCCUGGUCCACCCCUUGUCAACUUUGAUCAGCAGCAGCCAGUCCUGCCAGUACACCCUGGACUCCAAGAGGAAGCAUGUGUCAGAAGCCAUCUGCAAAGAGCAGCACCUGUUCUUGCCUUUCUCCUAUAAGAAUAAGUACGGGAUGAUGACACACGUUACACAGACAUUGAAACUUGAAGACACACCUAAGAUCAACAGCCGCUUCUUUGGUGAAGGUGCUGAGCAGGUGGGCCUGGCCUUUGAGAGCACCAAGUCCACAUCGCUACCGAAGCAAGCCGAAUCUGUUUUGAAGACUCUCCAGGAACUGACUAAACUGUCCAUCUCGGAGCAGAACAGCCAGAGAGCAAAUCUCUUCAAUAAACUAGUUACCGAGUUGAGAGGUCUCAACAAUGAGGCAGUGGUCUCCCUCUUGCCACAGCUGAUAGAGGUGUCCAGUCCCAUCACUUUGCAAGCCUUGGUUCAGUGUGGACAGCCCCAGUGUUACACUCAUAUCCUCCAGUGGCUGAAAAGUGAGAAAGCUCAUCCCCUUCUGAUAGAUGUCAUCACCUACCUGGUGGCUCUGAUCCCAGAUCCUUCAGUGCAAAGGCUGCGGGAAGUCUUUAACACAGCGAAGGAGCAGCAGAGCCGGGUCACGCUAUAUGCUGUGAGCCACCUGGUUAACAACUAUCAUAGUAUGAACCCCGCAGCCACCCAGGACCUGCAAGACAUCGCUGAUUAUCUGUUGGAACAGAUUCGCAACGAGUGCGCGGGAGAUGAGGAUUACACCUACUUGAUUCUGAGGGUCAUUGGAAAUAUGGGCAAAACCAUGGAGCAGGUAAUGCCAAGACUCAAGUCUUCAGUCCUGAAAUGCAUCAAAAGUACAAAGCCAUCACUGCUGAUCCAGAAAGCUGCUAUCCAGGCCCUGAGGAAGAUGGAACUUGAAGAUGAGGUCCGAGGCAUCCUUCUUCAGAGUUUUGUUGACGGCACUUCCCCAGUGGAGAAAAGACUGGCUGCUUAUCUCAUGCUCAUGCGACAGCCUUCCUCAUCAGAUGUCAACAAAAUUGUCCAGCUUCUUCCAUGGGAACGGAAUGAGCAAGUGAAGAACUUUGUGGCCUCUCAUAUUGCUAACAUCUUGAACUCAGAAGAAUUGUAUAUUGAAGAUCUGAAAAACUUAGUGAAAGAAGCUCUGAAGGACUCUGAACUUCCAACAGUCAUGGAUUUCAGAAAAUUUUCCCAGAACUAUCACCUUUCCAAAUCUGUUUCUCUUCCAUCGCUUGACCCAGCCUCAGCCAAAAUCGAAGGGAACCUUAUAUUUGAUCCAAAUAAUUAUCUUCCUAAAGAAGUCAUGCUGAAAACAACCCUCAUUGUCUUUGGAUUUGCUUCAGCAGAUCUGUUUGAGAUUGGCUUAGAAGGAAAAGGUUUUGAGCCAACCCUAGAGGCUCUCUUUGGGAAGCAAGGAUUUUUCCCAGACAGUGUCAACAAGGCCUUGUACUGGGUCAAUGGUCAAGUUCCUGACCAUGUUUCUAAGGUCUUGGUAGACCACUUUGGCUAUACAAAGGAUGAUAAACAUGAGCAGGACAUGGUAAAUGGAAUCAUGCCCAUUGUCGACAAGCUGAUCAAAGAUUUGAAAUCCAAAGAAAUUCCAGAAGCUAGAGCCUACCUCCGCAUCUUGGGGGAAGAGCUUGGCUUUGUCAGGCUCCAAGAUCUCCAGCUCCUGGGAAGGCUGCUGCUGAAUGGUGCUCACACUCUGCAGGGGAUCCCCCAGAUGAUUGGAGAGGCCAUAAGGGAAGGUUCAAAGAAUGACUUGUUUCUUCACUACAUCUUCAUGGACAAUGCCUUUGAACUCCCCACUGGAGUGGGAUUACAACUGCAUGUGUCCUCAUCUGGAAUUAUCACCCCUGGCACCAAAGCUGGAGUAAAACUGGAACUAGCCAAUAUGCAGGCUGAACUGGUGGCAAAGCCUUCUGUGUCCAUGGAGUUUGUAACAAACAUGGGCAUCAUCGUUCCGGACUUCGCCCGGAGUGGGGUCCAAAUGAACACCAACUUCUUCCACGAGUCUGGCCUGGAGGCUCGCGUGGCCCUGAAAGCUGGGCAGCUGAAGUUCAUCUUUCCUUCUCCAAAGAGGCCCAUCAAGCUCUUUAGUGGCAGCAACACCCUGCAUUUGCUCUCUACCACCAAAACGGAAGCUAUCCCACCUCUCAUCGAGAACAGGCAGUCCUGGUCAACUUGCAAGCCUUUCUUCACAGGCCUGAACUACUGCACCACAGGUGCUUACUCCAAUGCCAGUUCCACUGAGUCUGCCUCCUACUACCCACUGACAGGUGACACCAGAUAUGAGCUGGAACUGCAGCCUACAGGGGAGGUAGAGCAGUAUUCUGCCAGUACAACCUAUGAACUCCAGAGACAAGAGAAAGCCUUGGUGGACACACUGAAGUUUGUAAUUCAGGCUGAAGGUGUGAAACAGACCGAGGCUACUAUGAUGUUCAAAUACAAUCGGCGGAGUAAGACUUUAUCCAGUGAAAUCCAAAUUCCAGAUUUCGAUGUUGACCUUGGGACAAUCCUCAGAAUUAGUGAUGACUCUACUCAGGACAAAAAGUCUUACAAACUCACCAUGGACAUUCAGAACAAGAAAAUCACUGAGGUUGCUUUCACGGGUCAUGUAAGUUGUGACAAGAAUGGAGAAGGCAAAAUCAAAGGUGUUAUUUCCAUACCCCGUUUGCAAGCAGAAGCCAGGAGUGAGGUUCACACUCACUGGUCCCCCAGAAAACUGGUCCUCCGGAUGGAUUCAUCUGCUACAGCUUAUGGCUCAACAAUUUCCAAAAAGGUGGCAUGGCGUUAUGAUGAUGAAAAGAUUGAAUUUGAGUGGAAUGCAGGCACCAAUGUGGAUACCAAAAAAGUGGCUUCCAAUUUCCCCAUGGAUCUCUCUGAUUACCCUAGAAGCUUGCAUGUGUAUGCCAAUAGUCUUCUGGAUCACAGACUCCCUCACACAGACAUGACUUUCCGGCACAUGGGUUCCAAACUAAUAGUUGCCACAAGCACAUGGCUUCAGAUAGCAUCCAGAGGUCUUCCUUACACCCAGAUAUUGCAGGAUCACCUCAACGGCCUCACAGAAUUGAACCUCCAGAAAAUGGGAUUGCCAGACUUCCACAUCCCAGACAACCUCUUCUUAAAAAGUGAUGGCCGGGUCAAAUAUACCUUGAACAAGAACAGUUGGAAAAUUGAGAUUCCUUUGCCUUUUGGUGGUAAAUCUUCCAAAGAUCUAAAGAUGCUAGAGACCAUCAGGACACCAGCCCUCAACUUCAAGUCUGUGGGACUCCAGCUGCCAUCUCAAGUGUUCCAGGUUCCCACUUUCACAAUCCCCAAGUUGUAUCAACUGCAAGUACCAUUCUUGGGAGUUCUAGACCUCUCCACAAAUGUCUACAGCAACUUGUACAAUUGGUCUGCCUCUUAUACCGGUGGCAAUACCAGCAGAGAGCACUUUAGUCUUCAGGCCCGGUAUCACAUGAAGGCUGACUCUGUGAUUGACCUGCUUUCCUACAGUGUGCAAGGAUCUGGAGAAACAACAUAUGACCACAGGAACACGCUCACAUUGUCAUGUGAUGGAGCUCUACGCCACAAAUUUCUAGAUUCAAAUAUCAAAUUCAGCCAUGUAGAAAAACUUGGAAACAACCCAGCCUCAAAAGGUUUACUAACAUUUGAUGCAUCUAGUGCCUGGGGACCACAGAUGUCUGCUUCAGUCCAUUUAGACUCCAAAAAGAAACAACAUUUGUAUGUCAAAGAUGUCAAGAUUGAUGGGCAGUUCAGAGCUUCUUCAUUCUAUGCUACAGGCACAUAUGGCCUGUCUUGUCAGAAUGAUCCUACCACUGGCCAGCUGAGCGGAGAGUCCAACCUUAGGUUUAACUCCUCCUAUCUCCAGGGUACCAACCAGAUAACGGGAAGAUACCAGGAUGGAACCCUCUCCCUCACCUCUACCUCUGAUCUACAAGGUGGCAUGUUCAAAAAUACUGCUUCCCUGAAGUAUGAAAACUAUGAAUUGACUUUGAAAUCGGACAGCAAUGGGAAGUAUGAGAACUUUGUCACUUCCAACAAGGUGGAUCUGAUCUUCUCUAAGCAGAAUGCAUUGCUGCGUUCUGAGUAUCAAGCCAAUUAUAAAUCCUCAAGAUUAUUUGCCUUGCUUUCUGGAUCACUAAAUUCCCGUGGUGUUGAAUUAAAUGCUGAUAUCUUGGGCACUGACAAAAUAAAUUCUGGUGCCCACAAGGCAACACUAAGGAUCGCGCGAGAUGGACUAUCAACCAGUGCAACCACCAACCUAAAGUACAGUCCCCUGCUGCUGGAGAAUGAGCUGAAUGCAGAACUUGGCCUCUCUGGCGUGUCCAUGAAAUUAACAACAAAUGGUCGCUUCAGGGAACAUAAUGCAAAAUUCAGUCUAGAUGGAAAAGCUGCCCUCACAGAGGUAUCGUUGGGAAGUGUUUAUCAGGCCAUGAUUCUGGGUGUGGACAGCAAAAAUGUUUUCAACUUCAAAAUCAGCCAAGAAGGACUGAAGCUUUCAAAUGACAUGAUGGGUUCCUAUGCUGAGAUGAAGCUUGAUCAUACAAAUAGUCUGAACAUUGCAGGCUUAUCACUGGAUUUCUCUUCAAAACUUGACAACAUUUAUAGCUCUGACAAGUUUUAUAAGCAAAAUUUUAACUUACAACUACAGCCCUAUUCUCUUGUAACUACAUUAAACAAUGACCUGAAAUUCAGGGCUCUAGAUUUGACCAGCAGUGGGAAAUUACGUCUGGAACCUCUGAAACUCAGUGUGGGUGGUAACCUAAAAGGAGCCUACCAAAAUAAUGAAAUAAAACAUAUCUAUACCUUUUCUUAUGCUGACUUAUCAGCAAGUUACAGAGCAGAUACAGUAGCUAGAGUUCAGGGUGCAGAGUUUAGCCAUCGGCUCAACACGGACAUUGCUGGUCUGGCGUCCUCUGUUGACAUCAGUACAAACUAUAAUUCUGACUCACUGCAUUUCAGCAAUGUUUUCCACUCCAUGAUGGCCCCAUUUACCAUGACCAUCGAUGCACAUACAAAUGGCAAUGGCAAACUGGCUCUCUGGGGAGAGCACACUGGGCAACUCUAUAGCAAAUUCUUGCUGAAAGCAGAACCCUUGGCCCUUAUUUUCUCCCACGAUUACAAAGGAUCCUCAAGUCACCACUUCCUGGCCAGGAAAAGCAUCAGUGCAACUCUUGAUCACAAAGUCAGCGCCCUGCUUACUCCAGCUGAGCAGACAAGCACCUGGAAAUUCAAGACCCAGUUCAAUGACAAUGAGUAUAGCCAGGACUUUGAAGCUUACAAUACUAAAGAUAAAAUCGGUGUGGAGCUUAGUGGGCGAGCCCUGGCUGACCUCUCUAUGCUAGACUCUCCAAUUAAAGUGCCAUUUUUACUCAGUGAGCCUAUCAACGUCCUUAACUCCUUAGAGAUGAAAGAUGCUAUUGACAAGCCCCAGGAAUUCACAAUUGUUGCUUUUAUAAAGUAUGAUAAGAACCAAGAUGUCCACACCAUUAGUCUCCCUUUCUUUCAAGCCCUGCCAGAAUAUCUGGAGAGGAAUCGAAUAGUAAUUAUAACUGCACUGGAAACCAUACAGACAGAAUUGAAACGCAUCAAUAUUGAUCAAGUUGUGAGGAAAUACAGAGAAGCCCUGGGCAGCCUCCCACAAAAAGUUAAUGAUUACCUGAAUGCCUUCAAUUGGGAGAGACAAGUUUCCAGUGCCAAGGAGAAACUAACUGCUUUCACAGAAAAUUACAGGAUUACAGGAAAUGACCUGCAAAUUGCAUUGGAUAAUGCCAAAAUCAACUUUAAUGAAAAAAUCUCUCAACUUCAGACAUAUGUGAUACAAUUUGAUCAGUAUAUUAAAGAUAAUUAUGAUCUAAGUGAUUUAAAAACAGCUAUUGCUAAGAUUAUCAAUCAAAUCAUUGAAAGAUUAAAACUUCUUGAUGAACGUUUUCAUAUUCACGCAAAUACAGUAAAAUCAAUCCAUGAACUACAUUCUUUUAUUGAAAACAUUGAUUUUAACAAAAUUGGGAGUGGUACUUCCUCUUGGAUUCAAAAUGUGGAUACUAAGUAUCAAAUCAGAACCCAAAUGCAAGAAAAAUUGCAACAGCUCAGGACACUGAUUCAGAAUACAGACAUCCAGCAGCUUGCUGCAAGGCUAAACCAACAAGUUGAGGCUACUGAUGUCAGAAUGCUUUUAGAUCAAUUGAGAACUGUGAUUCCAUUUCAAAGAAUAAACGACAUUAUUGAGCGUGUCAAAUACUUUGUUAUGAAUCUUAUUGAAGAUUUUGAAGUAACUGAGAAAAUCAAUGCUUUUAUCACCACAGUCCAGGAGUUAAUGAAGAAAUAUGAAGUAGACCAACAAAUCCAGGUUUUAAUGGAUAAGUCAGUACAGUUGGCCCACCAAUAUAAGAUGGAAGAGACUGUUCAGAAACUAAGCAAUGUCCUACAAAGAUUUGAGAUAAAAGAUUACUAUGAGAAACUGGUUGGAUUUAUUGAUGAUGCUAUCCAGCAGCUUAAAGCAUUGUCUUUUAAGCAAUUCAUUGAAGAAAUAAACAGAUUGCUUGACGUGUUGAUAAAGAAAUUAAAAUCAUUUGAUUACCACCAGUUUGUAGAUGAAACCAACAACAAAAUCCGUGAGGUGACUCAAAGGAUCAAUGGUGAAAUUCAGGGACUGGAACUACCACAGAAAGCUGAAGCACUAAGGCAGUUUGUAGAGGACACCAAGGCCAUGGUUUGUGAUGGCCUAGAAAGGAUAAAGGACACCAAGUUAACUGUGUUCAUUGAUUGGUUACAGAAUGCAUUAAAUUCUGCACCUUUGGUUCACGUUAAAACCCAGUUCCAAGACACUCUAGAAGAUAUAAGAGACCAAAUUUAUCGAAUGGACAUUCAAUGGGAACUUGAACGAUACCUGUCUCUGGUAGGCCAAGUUUAUAAUACACUUGUCACCUACAUUUCUGACUGGUGGAUUCUUGCUGCUAAGAACCUUAAUGACUUUGCAGAGCAAUAUUCUAUCCAAGACUUAGCUGACAAUGUCAAAGCAUUGGUGGAACGAGGGUUCACCGUCCCUGAAAUCCAAACUAUCCUCGGGACCAUGCCUGCCUUUGAGAUCAGUCUUCGUGCUCUUCAAGACGCUACCUUCCAGACUCCUGACUUCAUAAUUCCCCUGACAGAUUUGAGGAUUCCAUCAGUUCAAAUAAACUUCAAAGAGCUGAAAGAUAUAAAAGUCCCAUCCAGGUUUUCCACACCAGAAUUUACUGUCCUCAACACCUUCCACAUUCCUUCCUUUACAAUUGACUUAGUAGAAAUAAAAGCAAAGAUCAUCAGAACCAUUGACCAAAUGCUGAGCAGUGAGCUGCAGUGGCCAGUUCCAGAGGUGUACCUGAGGGAUUUGAGGAUGGGGGACAUGCCUCUUGCUGGACUCACCCUGCCAGACUUCCAUUUACCAGAAAUUAAAAUUCCAGAGUUCAUAAUUCCAAAUCUUAACCUUGAAGAUUUUCAAGUUGUUGACCUUCACAUACCAGAAUUCCAACUUCCCCGCAUCUCACACACAAUUGAAAUACCUGCUUUUGGCAAGCUGAAUAGCCUUUUGAAAAUCCAAUCUCCCCUUUUCAUAUUAGAUGCAAAUGCUGAUAUACAGAAUGUAACUACUUCAGAGAAGAAAGCAGAGAUCACAGCUUCCAUCACUGCUAAAGGAGAGUCCAAAUUAGAAGUUCUCAAUUUUGAUUUUCAAGCAAAUGCACAACUCUUAGAGCCCAAGAUUGAUCUACUGAUUCUGAAGGAGUCUGUGAACUUCUCCAGCAAAUACUUGAGGAUGGAGCAUGAAAGUAAGAUGCUAUUUUCUGGAAAUGCCAUUGAAGGGAAAUCAGACACAGUGGCACGUUUGCACACAGAAAAAAAUACACUGGAGCUUAAUAAUGGUGUGAUUCUUAAGAUAAACCAUCAGCUUACCCUGGAUAGCCACACAAAGUACUUCCACAAAUUAAACAUCCCCAAACUGGACUUCUCCAGUAAGGCUGAACUGCUCAAUGAAAUGAAGACACUACUGGAGGCUGGACACAUGACAUGGACUUCUUCAGGAACAGGAUCAUGGAAAUGGGCAUGUCCCAACUUCUCAGAUGAGGGGACACAUGAAUCACAAAUUAGCCUCAUAGUGGAAGGGCCCAUCACUUCCUUUGGAUUGUCCAAUAAGAUCAAUAGCAAACACCUAAGAGUAACCCAAAACCUGGCUUAUGAAUCUGGCCUCUUUGACUUUUAUAAGUUUGACAUUCAGUCAGAAGUUGAAUCCCAGCAUGUGGGCCACAGCAUUCUAACUACUAAAGGUACAGCAUUGCUAGGACAAAGAAAGGUAGAAGUAACUGGUGACCACAAUGCUCGUUUAAGUGGAAAAGUUACUGGAACUUUGAAAAAUUCUCUUUUCUUUUCAGCACAACCAUUUGAGAUGACUGCAUCCACAAAUAAUGAAGGGAAUUUGAAAGUUAGUUUUCCAUUAAAGUUGUCAGGGAAGAUAGACUUCCUGAAUAACUAUGCAUUGCUUCUGAGUCCUCAUGCCCAGCAAACAAGCUGGCAGGCAAGUGCUAGGUUCAAUCAAUAUAAGUACAAUCAAAAUUUCUCUGCUACCAACAAUGAGAACAGCAUGGAAUCCCACAUAGGAAUCAGUGGAGAUGCCAAUUUGGAUUUCUUAAAUAUUCCUUUAACAAUUCCUGAAAUGAAUCUACCUUAUACAACACUCACAACUCCCUCACUGAAAGAUUUCUCCAUCUGGGAACAAACAGGCUUGAAGGAAUUCUUGAAAACAACAAAGCAAUCAUUUGAUUUAAACAUAAAGGCUCAGUAUAAGAAAAACAAAGACAGGCAUUCCAUUGCAAUCCCUUUGGGUGUGUUUUAUGAGUUUAUCAGACAGAACGUCAAUUCCUUGGGCAAGCAUUUUGAGAAAGUAAGCUUCUCUGUGCCUUCAUACACAUUAGGUCUGCCAUCUCUCCAGCUACCAGUCCUUCCAGUCCCUACAAAUCUACUCAAGGCUUCUCUCCCAGAUUUCAAGGAAUUGCGUACCAUAAACAAUAUUCUUAUUCCAGCCAUGGGCAAUAUUACCUAUGAUUUUUCUUUAAAAUCAGGUGUCAUCACACUGAAUACCAAUGCUGGACUUUAUAACCAAUCAGAUAUUGUUGCCCAUUUCCUUUCUUCCUCUUCCUUUGUCAUUGAUGCACUUCAAUACAAACUGGAGGGCACUUCAAGACUGACAAGGAGAAGAGGGCUGAAGUUAGCCACAGCUCUAUCUCUGAGUAACAAAUUUGUUGAGAGCAGUCACGACAGCACCAUUAGCUUAACCAAGAAAAACAUGGAAGCAUCAGUGACAACUACUGCAAAAGUCCACAUUCCAAUUUUGAGAAUGAACUUCAAGCAAGAACUUAAUGGAAAUACCAAGUCAAAACCUACAGUCUCUUCAACCAUUGAAUUGAAGUAUGACUUCAAUUCCUCAAAGUUGUACUCCACUGUUAAAGGGGCAGUUUACAACAAGUUCAGCUUAGAAAGCCUCACCUCUUACUUUUCCAUUGAGUCUUCUACCAAGGGAGAUAUGAAGGGUUCCAUCCUUUCACAGGAAUAUUCUGGAACUAUUGUCAGUGAAGCCAGCACUUACCUCAAUUCCAAGGGCACCCGGUCCUCAGUGAAGCUGCAGGGGGCUUCCAAAGUUGAUGGUAUAUGGAACCUUGAAGUAAAAGAAAAUUUUGCUGGAGAAGCCACUCUGCAACGCAUAUACGCCAUCUACGAACACAAUAUGAAAAACCGCUUACAACUAAAGAACCUCUUUUUCACACACGGAGAACAUACAAGCAAAACCACCCUGGAACUCUCCCCAUGGACAAUGUCAGCCCUUAUUCAGGUUCAUGCAAAUCAACCCAGUUCCCUCCUUGAUAUCUCUCACUUUGGUCAGGAGGUGACUCUGAAUGCUAACACCAAGAACCAGAAGAUCAGCUGGAAAAGUGAGGCCCGGUUCCAUUUUGGAGAUCUGCAGAACAGUGUACAGUUUUCCAACGACCAAGAGGAGGUACACCUUGACAUUGCAGGAUCUUUAGAAGGAUACCCAUGGUACUUCAAAAAUAUCAUCCUCCCAGUGUAUGACAAGAGCUUACAGGAUCUCCUAAAACUGGGUGUAACCACCAGUACCAGCAAGAGACAGUAUCUUCAUGCUUCAACCUCUCUUGUAUACACCAAAAACCCCAAUGGCUAUCCUUUCUCUAUCCCUGUGCAAGAACUGGCUGAUAGAUUCAUUAUCCCGGGACUGAAACUAAAUGAUCUUCAGGUUCCAUCCUACAAACUUGACUUCAGUGGAAUACAAAUCUAUAAGAAAUUAAGUACUUCACCAUUUUCUCUCAACCUACCAAUACUUCCCAAAGUAAAAUUCCCUGUAGUUGAUAUGUUAACAAAAUAUUCUAAACCAGAAGACUCCUCUGUUCCCUUUUUUGAGAUAACUGUGCCUGAAGCUCAGUUAACUGUGAACCAGUUCACUCUUCCAAAGAGUCUUUCAGUUGGUAGUGCUGUUUUGGAUCUAAAUGAGGUAGCCAAUAAGAUUGCAGACUUUGAGCUGCCUACUGUCACCCUGCCUGAGCAGAAGAUUGAGAUUCCUUCCUUUAAGCUCUCUGUACCUGCAGGAAUCUUUGUCCCCUUUUUUGGAGCACUGACUGCACAUUUUGGGGUGAACUCUCCUCUCUAUAAUGCCUCUUGGAGUGCUGGUUUGAAAAACAAAGCAGAUCAUGUUGAAAUAUUGCUGAAUUCCACAUGCAGCUCAACCUUACAGUUUCUGGAAUAUGACCUAAAUGUUGUGGGAACACACAAAAUUAAGGAUGGCAUGUUCAUCUGUAAGACCAAAGGCACAUUUGCACAUCGUGACUUCAGUGCAGAAUAUAAAGAAGAUGGCGCAUAUAAAGGAUUUUGGGUCUGGCAGGGCAAAGCUCACCUUGACAUCACCAGCCCAGCGUUCACUGAUCUCCACCUGAGUUACCAAGAGGAUGAGAGAAGCCUGUCCUCCUCAGCAGCCUCCCCAGCCAUUGGCACUGUGGGCUUGGAUUUGGGUGAAGGAGGUGACCAUAGUAUUCUGUGGAAUGUCUACUUCCACCCUCAGUCCUCUCCAGAAAAAAAACUCAACAUAUUUAAAACUGAGUGGAAGUACCAGAAAUCUGGUAAGGAAAUUCAGAUCAAAUUUGAUUGGGAAGAAGAGGCAGCUUCCAGACUACUAAGCUCUCUAAAAGACAAUGUGCCCAAGGCCACAGAGGCCUUUUAUGACUACGUAAACAAGUACCACCAGGAAUACACAGGACUCAACCUGAAAGAUGCUUCUUCAAAGUUAAGGAGAAGUCUGGAGAACAGUGCUGAGUGGGCCUAUCUAAGGGCAAUGAGACAAAUUGAUGAGAUGGAUAUGAGAUUCCAAAAAACAGCCCGUGACAAGGCCCAGAAUCUGUAUCAGGAAAUGCUGGCUGAGGAGGGUCAAUCCAGUUUAGUGAAACUCAAGGAUAAGGUGCUUGACAGCUUAGUACAAGUCACCCAGGAGUACAAUAUGACAGUCAAGCAUCUGAUUGACUCAUUUAUUCAUUUCCUGAAGUUCAGACUCCAGCUCCCAGGGAAAGCUGGAACAUACACUAGAGAUGAGCUCUACACUAUGGUCAUGAGGGAAACAGUGAAGGUGCUAUUCCAAGUAUAUUCAGAUAUCCUUGAUGGGUUAGAAAAACCCCUUUCCCAUGCCCAAGACCUGGUAGAGAAAUCUAACUUAAUCAAGGACCUAAAGAUUAAAUUUCCUUUUUCUUCAAGUAGCUACACACUAGCAGAUAUAAUUCUGAUGUAUAGAGAACUGUUGAAAUCUUCAUCAGAUACAGCCCAACAGAUAUCUAAUGAUCUCCAGUCUAUCAAGUUCACAGAGAUACUAAGUGAAUUUCAGAGCCUUUUACAAAGCUUUUUCACAGAGAUAGAAGAAGAAAUUAAACACUUAAAGAAGAUUACAUUUUCUUAUGUCAUUAAUGAUAUCCAACAAGACAUCAGUAUAUUCUUCAACUCAUGUAUUUCAGAGGGCUUCAUAUCCCUGAAAGAAAACCUAUAUCAUAACCUUGGUAAGUUCAAUGAAUUUGUUGAAAGCAAACUUCAGGAAGCUUCUCAGGAGUUGCAGCUAUUCCAUCAAUAUAUAAAGGCUCUUCGUGAAGAAUAUUUUGAUCCAAGCAUAAUUGGCUGGACAGUGAAAUAUUAUGAACUUGAAGAAAAGUUAGUCAACCUGUUCAAGACCCUUGCAGUAGCCCUUACGGACUUCCAUUCCACAUACACUGUCAGUGCUGCUUACUUUGCUUCCCAACUCUCAACUCAAGUUGAACAAUUUGUACAUGGAGAUAUCCAAGAAUAUCUUAGCAUCCUUGCUGAUGCAGAUGGGAAAGGGAAAGAGAAGAUUGCAGAGCUUUCUACCACUGCUCAGGAAAUAAUUAAAAGCUGGGCCACUGCAUUGAAGGAAAUCAUUUCUGAUUACCACCAGCAGUUCAGAUCUAAACUGCAGGAGUUUUUAGACCAACUCUCUGAUUACCAUGAAAAAUUCAUUGCUGAGUCUAAAAGAUUGAUUGAUCUGUCCAUUCAAAGCUACAGCAUGUUUCUAAGAUACAUUACUGAGUUACUGAAAAAGCUGCAGUCAGCUACAGUCAGUGAUGUGAGCCCCUACAUAAAACUUGCUCCAGGAGAACUGACUAUCACCUUCUAA